AUGUACAUACCAUCUGUUGUGGUCGUCGGCCUACUAUCGCAGUGUGUUGCAGGUAUAGGGCUAUCCAGGCAACCUUUGGCACACGAGUUACAACUAUCCGCCCAGCUCGGUGUGGACCCAAAUCUGUUAUGGAAAGACCGUGAGGCUUUCCAUAAAUUGGUAUCCGAGUCGAUUGAUUCUGAUAUUCCGACGGAAUAUGCUACAAUCCCAAUCGACCACAAUGAUUCCUCCGUCGGCACCUACCAAAAUCGCUACUGGGUAACUGAAGACUUCUACGUCCCAGGAGGACCAGUCUUUGUAUAUGAUGUUGGGGAGGCGGAUGCUGAGAAAACGGCGAAAGUUUACUUGACCAAUACGUCGUCAUUCUUCAGAAAUAUGCUCGAGGAAUUCCAUGGGCUUGGAAUUGGGUGGGAGCACAGGUAUUAUGGGGAGUCCCUUCCCUAUCCUGUAAGCCUGGAAACGCCACCGGAGCAUUUCAAGUAUCAUACUACGAGGCAAGCUUUGGCGGAUCUCCCCUAUCUAGCGCAGAACUUCAGCAGCAAGGCUUACCCCGACGUCGAUGUGACACCGAAAUCGACACCAUGGAUCAUGGUUGGUGGGUCAUAUGCGGGUAUACGCGCUGCCCUUAGUCGCAAAGAAUACCCAGAUGUCUUCCAUGCUGCAUUUGCUUCAUCGGCUCCUGUUCAGGCUCGAGUCAACAUGACUAUGUAUUUUGACCAAGUUUACAGAGGGAUGAACAAGUAUGGGUUCGACAAUUGCACCAAGGAUAUUCACAGUGCGUUGGAGUACAUCGACGACCAGUUGUCCAAGAACGACACAGCUGCUACCAUCAAGAAAGCUUUCUUAGGCGAAGGUGCAGAAAAGAACACCAAUGGGGACUUUACCGCGGGUCUAGCAGGCAUUUUCCAUUUUUUCCAGAAUUACGGAACCGGCGGAGAUGAGGGAAGUCUGGAGGCCUUUUGCGACUAUAUCGAGUAUGACCCGGAGACGAAAAGCUCAGCAGGUCCAGAUGGACUGGCUUCCAUUUAUGGAAGCAAGUACGUCGCUGAGCGAUGGGCAUCGUGGCCCGUCUAUAUCCCGCUGGUGAACUUGAACAGUGAUACGAACUGCAAUGGUCAAAACGAGUCAAUUCCACUUUCGUGUGAUUUGGGCAAGCCCCCUUCUGAUCCCAAUGGUAUUAGCUGGUCCUGGCAGUACUGCUCUGAAUGGGGUUACUUUCAGAGCAACAAUGUUGGUCCUCACUCGCUGCUGUCCAAAUAUCAGACCCUGGAGUACCAACAAGAAAUAUGCAACCGAGUAUUCUCCAGCGCUGCCGAGAGUGACCUUCUCCCAUCGCAACCUCAAGCCAACUCCAUCAAUGCGGAUUUCGGCGGCUGGACAAUGCGCCCAUCCAAUGUGUACUGGAGCGGAGGGGAGUUUGACCCAUGGAGAACGCUGUCGCCUCUCUCGACCGAGGAUAUUGCACCUCAGGGAAUUUCAUUCACGACCGAGAUCCCGGAAUGCGAUGUGCAGACGAGUGAGAAUACGCUAUUCGGAUACAUUCUGGAGGAUUCGGAGCAUUGCUUUGACUUCCGGCUCAACUCGAUCCCCGGUACGAUAUCGCGGGGUAUUUUCACCAAGGCUCUCACGAGAUGGCUGUCGUGCUUCAAGGGCCGAGCGUAA